AUGGCGGCUGUCAAUCGCGCAGCGAACGUCGUGAAAGAUCAUCAGGCUGCUAACGUUAGAGUAUGUCGGCGAAGGAACGAUCGAAAUACAUUUUUUGAUUGGAAGGGAUUUGUACUAUCGACACUGCCCUCAUGGUCUCGAAAAAGUGAUCUAUUUCAUGUGGUAUCGAUGUGA